UCUAUACUAAAAGAGUUGACUGACAUUCAUACGUAAAGGAUUCAAUAAAAUUUUAACCGGAAAUAACAAAUAUAUAAUGUCCAUCCGAACAAGAUUUGAUAAACAUCUAACACUUGCAAAAAUCAUACGACCACAAAUUUUGAAAAAACUUUCCCAAGCUAAUCAUAAUCGUGGAGCUAUUAUUGGUAGUCCACCAGGAGCCAAUGUUGGUGUCCAUGCAGAACGUCGAGUAGGCGAAAAAAUAGCACCAUUUCCAGAAGCUGUGCCGAAAUUAGUAAAUCCACAUUUUCCACAUCCAUCACAAAUGCCAAAGUAUCAACAACAUAGAAGGCCUACUCCAUUUCCAACAGAACCAAUUCAACCGGGUGCCAAAGAGUACCCUGCUACCAUAACAGAAGGUAGAGGUGAACCAUGGACAAGACAAUGGCCACGAUAAAUUUUUUUGGCAGGAUAAUAAUUUUAACGUAUAAUUAUUAUAAAUUCGUUAAAUGCAUAAUUUUAGUAAGUCUCACUCAGUUGAGCCUUUUGCGUAUGAAUGUCUCAUAUUGAUAAGAAUAUCGGCCAUUAAUCAACAUUACUAAAGCUAUUAAUUUGUAAAUCCAAAAUUUUUAGUUUACAAUGCACAACCGAAUUUGAAAAAUACUUGAAAAAUAAUCAUACAUGGUUUUUCUUUAUAUGCGAGGUAAAAAAUUGUGCUAUUCAAAAAGAUCCGAGUAAUUUAUUCGUUUCGCAAAAUUCUGAAAAUUAGACGUUCCUCUGAAACUUAACAAACUUUUACAAGUAAUCACAAUGGAAGAAUA